AUGAAGACGCUUGCCGCAGAGCUUGCGGAGCAGGAUAUGAAUUCCAUCAGCAGUGGCGUCGCCUUGCUCACGGCCUGUGCCAAGCAUGAAACGGUGACCCUUUGGGUAGACGCCAAGGUCCUUCUAACGCAGUGGGAGUCUUCCGAGAAGGUCGGAGAGGACACCGGGCCGGAAGUUCAAGCCUUCAUCCAUCAAUGUGGUGUGGUGUCUGCCAAAGUGGAGCAGUUCUUGACGCCAGCCCUGGAUGCCAUUGCUUCGGUUGUUGGUGGCCCUUCCGGCCUCAAGAACGAUGCCUUUCCCUGCCUCCGAACCGGCGCGGGUGUUCGGGGACUAGCUCGUAUCCUCAAGGUGGGUCAGUGGGUGAAUGCCCAAGAUUCCUUGACGUCUGCAUUGGCGAGCGCGGUGAGUGGCUGCUGCCAACUCAUCGAGAAGAUCCAUGAGCUUGAGUCCAGCCAGACUGUGGAGACAUUUUCCGGAGCAGCGGUGGCUUUGCAUGGCAUGACAUCCAACAAGGACAUGGCUAUCCUUCGUGCGAUCCCGGAUGGUGAUGGCCUGGGCCUUGGUGUGCCGGAUGGUGUGGCAGCAAUCAUCGAAAAGAUGACGGGGAUUCUCGACGUCCACAAGGAUCUCCCUUCGAAGACAUUCCAGAGCCUCCUGCAAGAUGGGCAGCUCGAGAAGUUGCUUAGCGUGGCAGGCAAAGUUGAGGCCAGCCUCGGCAAGGAUGCGCAGACCCAGCUACGCGUGGCCCAGCUAGCGCAGCAAUUUGCGUUGCCUGCUGAAUCUCGAGAUGGCAAGGCCCUCUUUGACAAGGCGCUUGAUUCGAAGGACAAGAUCUCAGCAUGCAUUGUGAACCUCGUGGAGAUCAACACGGCUGCCUCUGCCAAAUAUCCUUGGCUGGAUGCAGACCAGCUGCAGCAAAUGUCCAUGUCAUUGCAGGGCAGCCUCAAGGAGAAAAUCCAGCAGGUGACCGAUAGCCUCGCGCGUCGUAAGGCCGCCCUCAAGGAUCUUUGCGUCACUUUGCAGGCUUUGGAGGAUGCGGCAAAGAACAUGGAUGCAGAGAAAGCAAAGCCGACCUUGCUUCGACUCGACGAUGGCGGCAUGUCCGCUUUUCUGGAUGAGGAAUCCCACGGAGAUGGCAUCAUGUCAUGGGAGGCGGAUCUCAGCUCGAUCAAUGGCUUUGCUGCCCCUGCCUCCACGCUCAAGGCGGUACUGGAGGAUUUCCCAACUCAGAAGUGUGCGGCUAAGAUCCUCUGGGCGAGCAUGGCUACACCCCUUCUGUUCAAGCAUGAGAGCGAGCUGUUGUCAAAGGCAACGAACACGCUGACGGAUGACGAGAAGCAGAAGCUGAUGGCUUGGUACGCGGACG